AUGGCCUGCCCUCUCACAAUCUCCAAGUUCGUCGGAACAGUCUCCUUGGGAUUGCUCACUGGCGUUUCUUACGCGACGUCUACCAUCACCAUCCCAUCUCUCAAACUCCUUCCUUCCGCUGGCACUGCUUCUCGAUCCCUCAAUGAAGUGAAACGGCUUAGUCGUAAGCAUGCGAUGCGUCUUUCUGGGGUCGCAAAUGGAUUGCUCCUCUUCGCCUAUACCCUUUCUCCGCCCCGACGAAAGCAUCCAUUCCUGAUUUGGAUGGUGGUAUUCUCAUCGUCGAGCGCUUUAGCCACCGACUACUGGUUCAAUCGAUCCCUCGGUUUCCAGGAAUGGGCUCUCGAAACCAUUCGCGACACAAUCGGCCUAUCACUCGGACGCGCAUCGGGCCGGAAAGACGAGGAUCUCGUCGUCGUUGAGGCGGAGGAGGACAUCAACGGAGAAGCGGUGCGUCUCGAUAUGGACCGGGAAGGCCGUCUCCAGUACGUUCGAUCCUUGAUUGCUGGAGUGGCGUUUUCGAUCGGGGUUGUUGGCCUCUGGGGAGAUCGGCGUUGA